CGUAUAGGUAGAGUUUCGUGUAAUAAGUACGCAUUUGAUCCGACCCGUUAUUAAUCUGAAACCCGACUAAGGAAACUUUUGCUAAUCGAUGGCUCUGGGGCUCGGGGCCUUUGGCCGGAUACCCACUCCGUGCUUAACUAUGAUUGGGUUAACAUUUUCUUUUGGCAAGGCAUAUUUAGAUCCAUUCGGUGAGCAUGCAAGACAUUUUGAGGAGUUAAGAAGAUCUAAGUACAUACAAGCACGAUUUGGUGAGAUCAGAGAUGUCCUCUUUGAUGUAUUUUGGUGUGCCAGACUUCUAUUUAGAAAAAAGUACCUGCGAAUCUUGUCCGACUACACUUGGUUGAAGGCGGCCAUGGUGAACACGAGAUUGUCGAUAGUUGACCCUUCGAGUCCGGACGCCAUCGAAGAUGAUGUCCUCUUCACCUUAUCCCUCACGAUGGGCCGUCUCAGCUUCAGAUGGGUCAGAAUAUCAUCAUCGUCAUUCAGCAACGCAGACGUCGUCGUCCCUCAUACCAAAUAGCCUAACUACAUAUAUAUUCUCUGGAAUCCAACGUCUUGGUCCAAUUUGCCUCAAAGACGGCAUUGAGGAUCCAAA